AUAGACAGAUAAGGAUAGAGAGGCUCUGGAGACAGCCAGCGUGAAUCCAAUCUACGUGUCUGCCGGCUAUGUUAACAGAGGAGUUCUUAUCAGAUAUGGAGAGACAGAAAAGCAGUGAGGGGAACGCACACUCCCAGCGUAUAUCACGGAGGACUAAUUUAGAAAGGAGACAGCCAGACAUCCCCUAAGGAAUUUGCUCUUCUCCACGCAGUGCUAAUUUUUUUGGGACUGCGAGACCAGAGCUUGUGCUCGCUCAGCGCCGCAACUCCACCAAGAUACAGGAAGCAAGGAUGAUCCUCAAACACCGCAGAGCAGCCUAAAAAAUCCCAGCUCGGGGGAGGAGAGAGGACAGACAUGCACAGGUGCUGCUAGAGGGAGAGAGACAGAGAGAGGAGAGAGAGAGAGAGGAAGAAGCAGUGGGAGUCAGGGGAGGAGACUUGACUUGUUUCAGUGAGAAAUCGGAGAGCAAUUCCAAAACAGCUGUCCGGCAGACGUCCCAGUCGACAGAAGUGCAGCCUCGAGGCAGAGACAUUAGGGCAGUGUCAACAAGCCACAGGAGCAGCACAGCAGCACAGCAGCCGCUGAGCUCUCUCACACACACACACAUACAAGCACGCAUAUCAACCAGGAGCUGCAGCUUUCAGGAGAAUCCCAGCAACACCAAGGAGACUCCAGAUCUCCCCCGACAAAACAUCUGAGGAAAGCGCCCAUUCGACCUUUCUAUAUUGCUGAACAUCACCAGCCCUGCUUGCAAAGCCAGUUGCUGAUCAAUGCUGCGAUCAUUUUUGGAGUCCUGUGCGGAGGUGUGCAACUGAGAAUGUAACUUGAGCUUCUCCCCUGGGGGAACUGCAACAUCAAGAACUUAUAGAGGACUUCCAACUGUUCUAACCUGCAUAUCUGAGAUUUCCUCUUUAGAGACAGCCAUGCCAGCGAAGGCACCUAUAUAUCUUAAACCCACCAAUAAUAAGAAGGGAAAAAAGUGUCGCCUGAGAGAUAUUUUGUCACCUGAUAUGAUCAGUCCACCUCUCGGGGAUUUUCGCCACACCAUCCACAUUGGCAAGGGCGGGGAAAGAGAUGCCUUCGGAGACAUGUCCUUCCUCCAGGGACAGUAUGAGCUCCUACCAGGAAAAAGAGACGUCCACCCGCAAUACAGCGUCCAGAGCGAGUUUCUGCGAGCGAACAGCACAGGCGACGCUUCCUUCGUCGAGACUCCCUCACCAGUACUCAAGAACGCAAUCUCCCUCCCAGCUAUCGGUGGCUGCCAGGCCCUAACCCUUCCAGUGAUCUCUUCUGCCGUGUUCUCCAUGCAACCAGAGCCAUUGGAGGACAUCAUGGGACCGGCACCUUCCACGAAAUCUGACACAGCUGAAGAUGUAGAGAUCCUGCAGAUGGAUGCUCUGUUGCGCUCCAUGAACAUCUUCAACAAUGAGCCCUCAUCACCCUCCACAGAUUUCCAGUCAAAGCCUGACGUGCUGUUGGAUCUGCUUGAGAACACAGAUAAGUCCCCUUCUAAGGAGGUUGCCAAAGCUAACAAAAUAAACAAGAGUGAAAGCAGAUUUGACAAUCCAUCAUCCUAUUAUAUCAACGGUCACAGCAACAGCAUCUGUAAAGCUAAUGGAAGCUUGAACAGCAACACAAGCAGCUUUGACAGCUUGAGCGGGAAAGGAGACUUCCAGGGCAAGAGCUAUGAUGGGAGCGGGAGUCUCAUCGGCAACGGUAACUGCAACGGUUACGGACACUUUAACGAUGACAUUACAAUUGGUUUUAAGCAGGAGCUUUCCAAGUACAAUGGAGAGUGGGUGGACAGAGACAGUGGGGUGGAAGAUGGCCGCAUUUGUGAUUUCGAGUUUGAGUUUACCAAACAGAAGAGCACAUCGCAGGAUUCCCUAGCCCAGAUCACAGGGUCAUUCCUCUCCCUCGAACUCGAUCUGGGCCCAUCCAUCCUGGACGAUGUGCUCAACAUAAUGGAUAAACCUGCAGCAAAGAGCAGGCCUUGAGCUGCACUGUGUCCCCAAGAGGAGAAUGGGAAUUAUUAAAAUAUAGCCAUGAGGAGAGAAAGACUCAUAAAGCAAUCAAAAUGGUGUCUGGAUAUAUCAUUGAGAUGAAAACCAGCUACAAUAGACAAAGCUGCUUAUGUUUUUAUUGUCAAAACAUUUAAGUAUUCUUAAAUUCUAGCUUCUAUGGAGUGUUGAGUCUUCUUUGUUUUGUUUGCCAUGCCAGUAGCAUGUUUAAGAUGCAUGUGCUUUUUGAGUUACAGCUAAAACAGCAAUCUGUCUUUGAUUUUAAAUGACUGUAACAAUGCUACAUGAUAGAUUGACGCUCUUAUGUUGAAAAUAUGACAGCUUUUAGGUCCUUUUUUUACACUCAGUCUCGAUUCUCACACUCUCUAAGAACAUACUGCAUUUUGUGACUUCAAGUUUGUUUAACAAAGCACGGUUUUGUUUGUCACAUAACUCAUUUGCCACAUUUCAAACAACCAAACACUAUGCAUAUUUGUGUUUUUAAAUCUUUAACACAAAUAAAUUCAUUUUCCCCGUAA